AUAAAAAAAUAAGUUGUUUCUGAAAAAAUCUAUUUAAAAAAAGAAAAAUCACUUCCAUCAAAAAAAGAAAAAUUUGAAUCCCAGAAAAUGUUUUUGAAUGCGAAAAAAUAUUUGGGAUUGAAAAAAAAUUGCAUUUGAACACUUAAUUUUUCAUUGAAAAAGUUUUCUUUGAUUGAAGCAGUCCUAUUUGUACUUGGGCCAUUUAUGGGUAGGACAUUUGUGUCUAAAUCAUUCAAUCCCCAAAAAAGUUGCUUCAAUCAAAAAAAAAAAUAGGGCUGUCAAAAUUAUCGCGUUAACGGGCGGUAAUUAAUUUUUUUAAAUAAAUCACGUUCAAAUAUUUGACGCAAUUAACGCACAUGCCGCGCUCAAACAUAUUAAAAUGACAGCACAGUCAUGUCCACUUGUUACUUGUGUUUUUUGUCUCCCUCUGCUGGCGCUUUGGUGUGACUGAUUUUGUAAUUAUUGACAUCAACAAUGGCGAGCUACUAGUUUAUUUUUUGACUGAAAUUUUUAUUAAAACGAAAACAUUAAGAGGGGUUUCAAUACAAAAUUAAUACAAAAACUUGUAUUAACAUCUAUCUUUUAAGAACUACAAGUCUUUCUGUCAAUGGAUCGCUUUAACAAUGUUAAUGCAAAUGCCAUCUUGUUGAUUUAUUGUUAUAAUAAACAUACAGUACUUAUGUACAGUAUGUUGAAUAUAUAUAUCCGUCUUGUCUUUUCAUUGCACCAGUAAUUUACAGAAAAAUAUGGCAUAUUUUAUAGAUGGUUUGAAUUGCGAUUAAUUACAAUUAAUUAAUUUUUAAGCUGUGAUUAACUCGAUUAAAAAUGUUAAUCGUUUGACAGCCCUAAAAAAAAUAUUUUCAAUCAAAGAAAAAAAAUCAUUUUGGAAAAUAAAAUUGCCGUCGCCUAACUUUUUUUGAAAAUUAUAUGCAAAGCAAAUGAUCGUCUAAGCUGCUAGUCACACGAUCUAUUCGAAAAAUAAUUUUGACCCAUUUAAAUAUUUUUUUAUUCAUUCAUUUUUGUUGCAGUUUUAUUGCUUUACAACUUUUAUAUAUAUAGGAAAGUCAAUUUCAUGCAAUGACACUUUACUGUCACCAGGGGGGCAUUCCCCCCCUUAAAAUCCGCUUAUGUAUUUAAGGUCAUUUACCUGUUGAUUUUCAGUUAGUUCCUGUUGAUUUUGGGUGAUUUUACGGGUCACUUCCUGUUUAUUUUGAGUUACAGAACAGGAAGUGACCUGGGAAUCACCCAAAUGAAUAGGCAGUGACUCAAACUCAAUAGGAAAUUACCUGUAAAUGCUCUGAAAAUCGAACGGAAUGACUGUGAAUGCACUGGCUUCGGAUGAACGAACGUUCCCAGUCUAAAUGGAUUCGACGUCGUGCACCAUCAAUGCAGCCUUAGAGUUAACUGAGACACUAUUAUAGUGGAAGAUUUCGGUAGCAACUUGUGUGUUCCUUUUCAUUUUUUUUUUUUUUUUUUUAAGACAUUGACACCUUUUUAAAUCGAUAUCUCGAUUCUUGGCAGGAGCAUAUCUAUAACCUUUUGUGAUACAAAGUAUCACGAUAUAUCACCAUUUCGAUAUUUUGUCACACCCCUACUGCCAACACUUCCAGUCAAAACGGAUUGGAUGUACGUCGCCGUCAAUGGUAGCCAAUGAGACAAUAAGUCUUCUCGGUGAUUCUUGUGUAUAAAUUUAAGAUUUAAUGUUUGAAAAUAUUUUUUUCCAAUUGCUUGGAGGAAUAUUCAUAAAUCAUCUUCCCCACUUCACAAAGUUCACGGAGGGUGCUGGAGCCUAUCAAAGCUAACAAUGGUUACUAGGCACUAUUUUGAAAACAAAUGCCCCCCACAUAUUACUGUGUUUUCAGGUAUUGGGAAGAAAUUUUGCACUGUUAUUCCUCCCAGCUCAAAUGGAUUGGCCGUCUGUUACGGUCGAUGGCAGUCAAUGAAUUCAGAUAUUGGUUAUAAUCAAUAGAGUUUCUAUAAAGCUCAGAGCCUUGCUGAUCUUGACAAGAAAUAUGAAGUAUUGAGUGUUUUACAGCAGUGCGAGACUGAGCUAUGUUUCACACAUCCGGCAAGUUUAAAAAUGUGACCAUAUAUGGUACGUUCAAGUUAUUGAGGCCCCAUUAACAUAUUUGGGGAAAAAAAUCAUUGGCUAUUUUUGUUAUCCUUUCAAAGCAUAACGGGUACUAAAUCAUAUUAGCUUUUUUUUUAUGUUCGCGUUUUGGCGCAACCUGCAACUACCACGCAGGAUUUUGAAAUACAUUUCAAAAUAUUGCUGAAUGCUUUAACUAUGUGGUUGAUUUAAACAAAGUUCAUGAAGUCGUAUCAUAUUUCAAAAAAAUACCACUUUAGUCUGUGGGCAGGCAUAUGUACUUUUUCCCACUAGGUGGUGCUAAAGCAUUUUUUGCUAUUUUUCCUCCCCCCUUUGAUAUUCUUAAAAAUGAAAAUUACCCUCUUACAAUUUAAAAAAAAAAAAAAAAUAGAUGUAUGUACUAGUCCUUCUCAAAAAAUUAGCAUAUUGUGAUAAAGUUAAUUAUUUUCUGUAAUGUACUGAUAAACAGAAUUUCAUACAUUUUAGAUUCAUUACACAACUGAAGUAGUUCAAGCCUUUUAUUGUUUUAAUAUUGAUGAUUUUGGCAAAAAAGUCAAGAAAAAACAAAAAUUCCUAUCUAAAAAAAUUAGCAUAUUUCAUCCGACCAAUACAAAAAGUGUUUUUUAAUACAAAAAAGUCAACCCACAAUUAAUUGUAUCUAGUGCUGCAACGAUUAAUCGAUUAACUCGAGUAUUCGAUUAGAAAAAAAUAUUCGAAUUAAACUUUGUUGCUUCGAGUAUUCGUUUAAUUAACGUGGCGUUUUAAUGGUUUAUUUGGAAAGUGUUUGCAAUUAGUUUUAUUAUUGAGGGUGGAUACACUGCCCUCUGGUCUGCCUCUUUUCACAUGGCUGAAUCCAAAUGCUCCCUGUUAAGACCAACGUAAGCUAAGUUUUUGUUAGAGCUAAUGUUUUUUAAUGCAUUCUUAAUUUAGUUUAUAGGUAUAUUUAGCCGUUUUUUGAACCAUUUGUUAAGAGCAUUGUAAAAAAAAAAAAAAAGACCAAAAAAACUUUUGCAUUUUAUAGCAUUUAAGCUAGCGGACUUUUUUAUGUAAGUUAGCCAAUUGUUUUUGUUGUACAUAGAUCUUCAUUUAAAAUUUUUUUUUUUUAAUUAUACCGUUUGAGGCUCAGCUGAGGUAUUUUAAUUUUUCAUGUUUCUUAUCCGAUUACUCGAUUAUUCGAACUAAGUAGUCCAUCGAUUAAUCGACUUCUAAAAUAUUCGAUAGCUGCAGCACUAAUUAUAUCAGCUUUGCACUCAAUACUUGGUCGGGAAUCCUUUUGCAGAAAUGACUGCUUCAGUCCGGCGUGGCAUGGAGGCAAUCAGCCUGUGGCACUGCUGAGGUGUUAUGGAGGCCCAUGAUGCUUCGAUAGUGGCCUUAAGCUCAUCCACAGUGUUGGGUCUGGUGUCUCUCAACUUCCUCUUCACAAUAUCCCACAGAUUCUCUAUGAGGUUAAGGUCAGGAGAGUUGGCAGGCCAAUUGAGCACAGUAUUGCCAUGGUCAGUAAAUCAUUUAGUUUUGGAACUGUGAGCAGGUGCCAGGUCGUGCUGGAAAAUAAAAAUCUUCAUCUCCAUAAAGCUUUUCAGCAGAUGGAAGCAUGAAGUGCUCCAAAAUCUCCUGAUAGCUAGCUGCAUUGACCCUUGGCCCUUGAUAAAACACAGUAGACCAAUACCAGCAGCUGACAUGGCACCCCAGACCAUCAGUGACUGUGUGUACUCGACACUGGACUUCAGGCAUUUUGGCAUUUCUCCCCACUUCUCCCCAGUCUUCCUCCAAACUCUGGCACCUUGAUUUCCGAAUGACAUGCAAAAUUUGCUUUCAUCUGAAAAAAGUACUUUGAACCACUGAGCAACAGUCCAGUGCUGCUUCUCUGUAGCCCAGGUCAGGCGCUUCUGCCAUUUCCAGCACAUCCCUGUGCACGGUGGCUCUGGAUGUUUUUACUCCAGACUCAGUCCACUGUUUCUGUAGGUACCCCAAGGUCUGGAAUUGGCCCUUCUCCACAAUCUUUCUCAGGGUGCGGUCCCCUCUUCUGAUUGUGCAACGUUUCCUGCCACACUUUUUCCUUCCCACAGAUUUCCCACUGAGGUGCCUUGAUACAGCACUCAUGGAACAGUCUAUUUGCUCAGCAAUUUCUUUCUGUGUCUUCGCCUCUUGUUGAGGGUGUCAAUGAUGGCCUUCUGGACAACAGUCAGGUCGGCAGUCUUGCCCAUGAUUGUGGUUUUGAGUCAUGAACCGGGCUGGGAGUUUUUAAAAGCCUCAGGAAUCUUUCGCUGGGGUUUUGAUUUAAUUUGUUGAUUCAGAUGAUUAGGUCAGUAGCUUCUUUAGAGUACCUUUUCAUGAUAUGCUAAUUUUUUAAAAUAGGGAUUUUUGGUUUUUCAGGACUUUUUUGCUAAAAUCAUCAAUAUUAAAACAAUAAAAGGCUUGAACUACUUCAGUUGUGUGUAAUGAAUCUAAAAUAAAGAUGCACAAUAAUAUCGGUUACCGAUAAUUAUUGGCCGAUAAUGGCAAUUAUGAGGUCACACCGAUAAUCCAGAUUAAAAACAAAAUUCAACCAAUAAUGCAAUCCGAUAAAUAUAUACUCGGUUUAGCCUCCAAAUGCGUGCAUUCGACGUUUUGUCUCAACCAAUACCUAAAAGCAUUUUUGUGCAAUUAAGUAUUUACUUUGUAAAUAUGAAUAUUAAUUCAUUUUAGAAUUUAUUACUUGUUCCCAUUUGGUGUGGAAAAAGUAGCCACACAUUCUAUUUUUGCACAGUAACAUUUGCUCUUGUGUAUGAUUUAAAAUUGUAUAUAGUAUAUCUUUUAAUAGAAUUAUUGUCUUGACAGUAUCGGUUAUCGGCUGGGAGGAGGAGGAAAUUAUUAGUUAUCGGUAUUGGUUGAAAAAUGCCAUUUUCGUGCAUCACUAAUCUAAAAUAUACGAAAGUCUAAUGUUUAUCAGUACAUUACAGAAAAUAAUGAACUUUAUCACAAUAUGCUUUUUUAGUAGGACCAGUCAUACAUUUUGAUACAUUUUUUACUAUGGUUUAAUCUUAUAGAUUACAACUAUUUUCUCAUAGCAGUACAAUUUUUGACUUUAUUCUCAUGGUAUUACGACUUUAAUCUCAUAACAUUCUAACUUUAUUCCCGAAGUCCAAUUUUUUUUCUCUUUCUUUGUUUGGCCAUAAAUAUUAUGUAGCAUCAACACAAAAAAACGCUUUCAAUGAAAUCUAGGCAUCACAACACCAAUUCUAUUUUCCCUCUUUUUUUUCCUCAACAUUUCAGGGCGUGACCUCCAACACGAACCCUUCAAUUACAUCACGAGGAGACAAAAAUGCCCGUCUUUCCUGACAGCCCUCACCACUUAAACUCCAAUUUGUCCCUCUCCUUCCAGCCAGUCGUAGUGACGUCAUGUGCCUAGGGAAUGCUGGUUCUGAACCGCAUUCUUUUCCCCUCCCUCCUUUCCUGACUCCGAGGAACAGGAAGAGGGAAGGAGUAAGAAGAGGCGCAAAAAAAAAGAGACGGGACAACCUCCUCCUCUUCCUCCUGUGUGGGCGAAUAACGGUGCAUGAGAAGUUCUAGUAGACAGACAAUAGCUUACACAGUCACAUAAUCCAAACUAUGGAGGAUUUGGGAGUGCCUGAGCCACUUAACUACCCUCUCAGUCCUCGCAUUGUUGUCUUUGACGCCCUCCUGGCCGAUUUGGAGAACACGGGCUCCCCUCUCGCUCGAUGUCCGGUCCUCCUGACAUCGGAUCCGCCGAGUCACGAUCCAGUUAAGCAGAAUCCGGGCGAGGUCCGGCCGCCUCCGCCUGCCUACACCCCGCAGCAGACGGUUUCAGCAGCAAUGAAGACAUCCCAAAAUUCCACUCCUGACAAACUAUACAGCACAGUGUGUAAAUCCCGCUCUCCCCGCUCAGCUGAUACUCCUCCUCCUCUCCCUCCCCCUCCGGCAUUUUCCUCCUCAUCGCUGCUCGGAGGGGGUCUGAGUGAACUGGACCAUCUGCUUCAGGAGUUGAACGCCACCCAGUUUAACAUCACAGAUGAGAUCCUGGCUCAGUUUCCUACUUCUAAAGAUGAGAAGAUGAAAGAUAAGGAAUCCGGCGCGAAACCUUCAGCGACAUCAGCUACAUUGGAGUUGGAUAAACUGAUGGCGUCGCUUUCCGACUUCCGCGUCCAAAGCACUCCAGCUGUGCCCGCCAGUCCGGUGAUCACGACAACGACACCCACCGCAGCGGUAGCAACACCACAACAGCAGCAAAAACCGACACAACAUCCACAACCUUCGUCUGAAGGCUCAUUGGACAGCAUGCUAGGGCUCCUACAAUCGGACCUGAGCCGGCAAGGGGUCCAAACAUCUUCCAAAGGAAACUGCUCCGCUUGUCAGAAGCCGGUUGUGGGUCAGGUGGUAACAGCAUUGGGCAAAGUGUGGCACCCGGAGCACUUUGUGUGCACGGAAUGCGAGACGGAGUUGGGCAGCCGCAACUUUUUCGAGAAGGAUGGGCGGCCGUACUGCGAGUCUGACUACUUCACACUCUUUUCCCCUCACUGCGCCCAAUGCAACAAGCCCAUACUCAAUAAAAUGGUGACAGCCCUGGAAAAGAACUGGCACCCGGAGUGUUUCUGUUGCGUCAAGUGCAGCGGCACGUUUGGCGAAGAAGGCUUCCAUGACCGUGAGGGCCAGCAGUACUGCCAGCAGUGCUUCCUGACUUUGUUUGCUUCCCGCUGUCAAGGCUGCACUCAACCCAUCCUGGAAAACUACAUCUCAGCCCUUAACUCUCUGUGGCACCCGCAGUGCUUCGUAUGUAGGGAGUGUUACAGCCCCUUCGUGAACGGCAGCUUCUUCGAGCACGAGGGGCAGCCUCUGUGCGAGGCCCACUACCACCAGUCGCGGGGCAGCGUGUGCCAGGCAUGUCAGCAGCCCAUCCUGGGCCGUUGCGUCACCGCCAUGGGGGCCAAGUUCCACCCACACCACCUUGUGUGCCACUUCUGCCUCAAACCAUUGAGCAAAGGGUGCUUCAAGGAGCAGGAGAACAAGCCGUACUGCCAUCCUUGCUUUAUCAAGCUCUUCGGUUGAGGAACCGGACGACCUCUUCCUUCUCUUGCUGUUGUUUUUACAUAUUUUUUACUGUGUUGAAGGGUACAGCGAACACAAACAAAAUACCAAAAAUUUUUAAGUAUCGUAAUUUCUCAUGUGUCGAGUGGUGAAAAUGAAAUGCAAAGGGAAAUACUUCAUACUGUCUGGCCGUAAAUAUAUUUGAUUGACUUGACUAUGAAUUUGUAACAUUGGAUUUUAACCCAACGGGUGCCAUUGACAGCGAUAGUCGUCCAAUCUGUUUUAACUGGAAUUAACAGUCUGUUAUGGGCUAUGGCAGUGGCGCAACAAAUGUGAACAAGCCACGGGAGCGAUGAGUAUAAACGGGCCCCCACAAGGUGAACGUCCGGCGGGGUCUUAGGGGAUAAUUAUUCGUGGGCCGCUCCAAACUUUCGCAGGCCUUUCAAGACGAUCAUCCAAUGUGUGGGGCGGUGGCGGUGGUAAAUGAAAAUUUUCUGCAGGGCCCUUCAGACAACCAGCUAAGCGCAGGGGGAAUUUAAAGAUAUUUCAACACUUAAACAACUAAACUUACCUGAAGUUUACCUUCAAAUUAAACGUACCAUUCUGUUUGACCUCGCUUUACCGCGCCCCCUUUACACCCACAAACUGGGCCCCCGUGUGUGUGUAUGUAGGUAUAUUUCAACACUUAUACACUAUAUUACAGCUCCUAGCAUCAUAUUACCUUUCAUUUUAACCCUCCCCUUCCCCACUAACGUCCCCUUUACGCCCACAAGGCCCGGGCUCAGGUGCCGCCGCACCCCCAGCACCCUCCUAAGCUACGCCCUUGGACUAUGGUCUUUUACAUUCUAGCUGCCACUGGUAGGCAUGUGCCGGUAUAAGCCGAAAUAUCAUGGUUUCACAGUAUCACGGUAUUGUAAUUACAACUCUAAAAUGUGUUACUUUGAGAUAUCUUGGUUUAAAAAAAAAAAAAAACUUUCCAUUCAACGGGAUUUUUAUUUUUCAAAGCAUAUUGAAAAAUGACUAUAAUGUUAAGUUAAAAUAAAUAAAUAAAUAAAAAACCAAUAUUCUAAAUAAGAUUAAAAUAAUCGCAGUCCUUUGUUUUUAUCCAACAUUAUUACCAUCGGAACAAAAAUAAUUAUUUUCCAUAAAAACUACAUGCGCAUGACUUGUAUCAUGUUUACAUUAUACACACACUCUCUUUCUCAACACAGACAGUUACCAGAGAGAAAAAAAACACCACAUGUUUUACCACUGCUAGACAUACUAAACACGCUGGAGUUAUCUCCCGUAGCUGGUGGGAAAUGUUCAUGACAGGAUUUCCAAAUCUUUAAUUUUGUAUAACUGUGAAAUCAUAUUGGAGCUAUUGCCUCAUCGGUAGCCACCCUCCGCAAACAUAUUUUACAUGUUGGUUGGCCCUCCUCCUCUAAGACGCGGUCAUCAGUAACUUUUCUGUCGCCAAAGUAUUCCCAUACCAGCGAUUUCGUUUUCUUCAAAGGGGAAAGAAGUUCAGGAGUUUCACCUCCUCCAGCCAUCUUGUAGCACAGCUGACUUACUGACACUGACCAACAACCGGUGGGGGAGGGUUGAGCCUUGCAGCUGCAAGCGAGGGAUUUACCCCGGCAUGUUUGGGACAUAAAAGAUAGUUAAUACCGUAGGGACGGUGUGACGGAAAAUUUUUGUGGUUUUGAAACCUUGAUGUUUUCAUACCACUGUAUAUCUUGAAACCAGUAAUCGCCACAUGUCUAGCUGCCUGUGAUGGCGCUAGUAGUGACAAACUAAGUUAAAUUUGAUUAAAGGGCAACUUUUUCCACAAUCUGGAGAAUGUACUAAGCAAUACAAUGUGAUAAACUUCUUAAAUUUUGCUCGUACUCGUUGAAGAUAUGUAUUAUGCAUGAGAAAUUACGGUAAUUGACACGCAAACAAAAUAUAUUACCCAUAGGUGCCAAAAUAUGGGAGCAAAGCACUUUUUUUAUAUUUACAUAUAUAGUACAGUAUUAGACAAUGUUAUUUUCAAGAUAAAUUAAGAUCAUGUCAAUUUAAUGUGAUUUCCUGGUUUUAAACUGUUACAAGAUAACCCCAAAGCAGUAUUUUUUUCCAACUCAAAAGUAAACUCAAAAAUAUUCAAAUGAACUUUUUUUACGUUCAGUAUUUUACAUGUUUACCUUUUUUGAUACCAAAGAGGCGAAGAAAUAAUAGGAUUAUAUUUAAAUUGCUGGUACCAAAGUAGAAAAAAGUAUUUUUUUUAUAGGUAAUCUGUACCCACAAUUUAGAAAUCUGUGAGUACAAAUUUGUCAACUACCCGCAGAAAAAUAAUUUGUGGGUACAGAUAAUUAAACUGUUGAUACAGUUUAAUAAUCUGUGUUAUAGAUUACUCAAUUGUGGGUGCAAAUUACCUUUGAGAAAAUGAUUUUUCUACCCUGGGCUCUGCAGUUUUAAUAUUCUGCAGAUAUUUUUUUUCCUCAAGAAAAUAUUUCCUUUUUUCUGCUACGUGUACAAUCAGUCGGACCAAUGAAGCUGUCACGGUAAUUACAGGUGACAUUAUUCUUUCACAAAUACUUGAUGCACUUUGCUGAAAAUACUUCCAAAGAAUAAAAACACGCUUUCACAAUGUUUCU